CAACUUCUUGAAAAGCUGGUUUUUUCCUCUUGGGAGGGGCCGACUCUACCCUUCAUGAAAUUUCCAAGGCUGCUGGUGCCCUGCCCAUCGGGAAACACCUCUCCCUGUCACUCUAUAAAUGUCCGAGGUGGCCCCGAGGGAGGGAUUCUGCCGCACCGCUGCCUCCCCAGGACGUGAGACUCAGCCACCCCGCCAUGAGGUUUCCAGUCCUCCUCAGCCUGCUCUGCAUCUUGCUUCUCUGCUUCUCCAUCUUCUCGGCAGAAGGGAGAAGGCCGAGGCCCCGCCCCAAGCCCGGGAAAGUCCGGCCCUGCUGUACUCCAGAUGGCACCCCGGUCCAGGGGAACCCGAAAGGACACCCUUCGAGGAUCUGCAGACCGUGCAAGUUCAAGCCAGAGGCCCGCUGGGUGGUACCUGGGGCCCUCCCACAGGUGUAGAGCCCCCACAACAAGGCUUCACACAGCUGGGAUCUUCACGCCACUGCCCAAGGCCCCCAGAAGCCUCCGGUUCCCCCAGGGUACUCCCCUUGAAGCUGAGGCUGAUGGCAAAGAUCCCAAGGGCUCUGGCCCCCGGAAGCCUCUGUCCAUGAACCAUAAGUCUCAUCUCUUAAAGACAUGAAAAUUCUUGCCUCCCAUCUUGGCUUGUGCCCAUGCUGCCUUUUAGAAAAGCCUGAACCAGAAUCUUCAGAAAACCACAACAUGGAUUCAAAGCUCACAGCUUUGGAAUGCCUGUCUUGCUGUGUGGCCUUGGACAAGUAACUCAGCCUCUCUGGACUCAUGUUGGCUUCGAAAAUGUCAAAUCCAGUAAGAAGAAAACAUCUAAGGAAGGCCCUUCAGUCGCUGGCACUAAUGGGUUUCUCUCACCGCUUUCAACAUUCAUGGCAGUGAGCUGGGAUGUUGGAAGGCUCAUCUCAGACAGCAAGGACCCUGGGAAAGUCCCAGAACUCCAGAUCCUGGCCCCAAUCUUGCCACCAACCUUCAGAGUUAUUGUAAGCUAGGCUCGGCCCACCUGGCCCCUCCGGGGCUGAUGGUCAAGAUUCCACCGUGACCUUGGGCAGCUACAAUUCCAGACUUCCGAGCCUGCCGGGGUGCAGGGUAGCAGGCACCCAAGAGCGGCUGGGGGACCGCAGAGGCUCGAUGUCCUAGCCCCCAGCUAUCCCUCAUCCAUGGCCCCUGUGGGAAUCCCUCCCUGACUUCCUGAUGUGAGUCUGCUGGAAAG